UUCUAAUUGCUACGUUAGUUUUCAGCGGAUAAUACAACCGACAAAAUGGUAGACAAACAAACCCUAAAUCCUUUAAUUUCGCUGUCAUUGGGUAAAAUCCGUGGGGCGCAAAGGACAUCUGUGUAUGGCAUAUCUUACUUAAGUUUCGAGGGUAUACCAUAUGGCCAGCCGCCUGUGGGCAAACUUAUAUUCAAGUCACCACAACCUGCCCUGCCCUGGAAGGGAAUCAAAAAUUGUUCAGAAAACCCACCAAUACCAUUACAAAAAAAUUUCGAAACCAGUGAAGUCAUGGGCUCGGAGGACUGUCUGAAUCUGAAUGUGUAUAUGAACCAGUUAGCACCUGCUAAGCGAUUGCCAGUUUUGGUGUGGAUUUUUGGCGGGGGCUUUUAUAUGGGUCAGGCCAACAGAAAAUACUACAGUCCUGAUUAUUUUCUGGAUCGUGAUGUCAUUGUGGUUACAAUUAACUACCGUGUUUGCAGUUUAGGUUUUCUUAGCGUUAAGGACCCAAAAAUGCAAAUUCCUGGCAAUGCAGGCCUCAAGGAUCAAGUUUUAGCUCUGAAAUGGAUUAAGCACAACAUUGCCUAUUUUAAUGGUGAUCCGCAAAACGUGACACUUUUUGGUAUAAGCUCAGGCGCUGCUUGUGUCCACUACCACCUGAUUAUGGAUCUCUCCAAAGGGCUUUUCCAUAAGGCCAUCUGCAUGGGUGAAUCCGCACUGAGUCCAUGGGCUUGUGCUCCUAGCAGGAAUAACGCUUUUAAUCUCGCCAAACUUCAUGGUUAUGCAGGUGUCAACAAUGAUCGCCAGGUAGUGGAAUUUUUGAAUUCUCUCGAAGCAGAAAAGCUAGUCAAUCACGAUCUAAUGAGCGAAGAAGAACUUGGAUAUGGUAUAGCUGGGUCAUUUGGGAUUUGCGUAGAACCAUACGCAAAUGAUGACAGUGCUGUUCCAAAGGACCCAAUAGAAAUGAUAGCAAACGGUUGGGGCAAUAGCAUUCCCCUAAUCAUUGGAGGUACAGCUGAUGAAGGUUUAAUUGCCAGAUAUUUUUUAACAGAGGGAGCUCUUGACUCUCCACCAGUUGGACAAUUGCCUUUGGCAUUUCACGAGAAGUAUGAUAAAGAGGCCUUACGAGCAAUGAGGAACAAACUAUUGGAUAUUCAUGUGGAAAAGGGCAUGCUUAUGGGGAAAUUACACAAGAGCUCCAUUGAUUACUACAGCAUAUUCUUGGUUUGGCAUGGCAUACAUCGCUCAAUACUAGCCCGUCUAUUCUAUGGUUCGGGACCAACAUACGUUUAUCAUUUCGAUUUUGACUCCUCAUCCUUUUCUCAUCUUCGAAAACGUUUUUGUGGCACUGAUCUCGACUGUGGAGUAGCUCACGCUGAGGAAGUUUCAUAUAUUUGGUUUGGAGAUUUUUCCUGGAAACUUGAGCCCACAUCCAGGGAAUUCAAAAUGAUUGACACAAUGAUUGGAAUAUGUACGAACUUUGCCAAGUAUUCAAAUCCUGGCAUUGAUGAAUGGCAACCUGUGGAUAGAUUUGAACCAACCUUAUGUUUCAAUAUUAGCAAUAACUCCCAAGUAAAGAUAUCACCAAAGACCGAAAUGCUUUCAGUUUGGGAUUCUUUAUACAUAUGAUGCAGAUAGAUUAAUCUAAAGUCUAUUAAAGUAAAUGCUCGCUACUGUUUUUUGUUAAAAAUCGAUGUUUUAGUCGUUUACCAAUAAAUGUCAAUAUAAAUUUAAA